AUGCAUGGAGGAUGCUUGGCUGUUGCUGGCCGUUUGAGGGUCACCGUCAAGAGCGUGGUUUUUCGAGGCCCACGGCGGCCUCCUGUGGCCAAUUUCGGCUCUCUGACGCGAAAUAGCGGCGGUGAGGUGUCAUCUAUCGCAGCAAGAGACGGUAUUGUGUCUUCUAGACACGAUUGGCAAGUGCUAUACAACUAUGCAAAGCACCUCUCCACCGACCGCAAUGAGCUAACCCGAAGCAAGUGCAUAACGCUGCUACUGACUCUCAGCCAGAUUCUGCGGGAACAGAACGUGAUGCGUGGUCACGACGUGCGUGUUACAUCGAGCUAUGUCUGGAAUCACAGCACCGCCACAAUUGAUCCAACGCCUCGUCGGCAUGCACCCACCAGUUACUCCAUUGAGCCGUCGUCGUUGUUGCGCUAUCUGAGGUACUUGUCAAGGCUGCGGCCGUAUCACCGUUUGAGCGUGCUGCGAGACAGGCCUGUGCCCUCUGAGAGUGUUGCUAAUUGUAACACAGACGCCACAACGCCGCAGUGCAAAGUGGGAUACUCGGGGCUGUUCAGCCGUCUGAUUGACGACGAUGUGCCAGAACGAUCUGUACGCUAUAGUAGAAAGGUAUCGGGGUCGCAUAUAGGCCCGCUUCGUCUCUCCUCAGACCAGAUCUUAGCCCAUCCAAGCAUAUUCAGUUACCCGGUGUACCUCGAGCUCACCGGCGACGAGCACGAUACCCCUUUCCCACCCCAAGUCACUGAUGCUGCACCUGAUACCGAUUUCGUUCUCCAGAGGAGCGUUGAACAGCUGCUCGACCGAUUGGCUGUUCUCUACCUGGGUCACGGCACUCGUAGUCAGCAGUGCUUGGUUCCCAUGUUCACGGCCGUCAUGCUCUACGGCCCAAAACUCAAGCUAAGCGGGAACACUGAGCUCGACAAGGCCUAUCGCGAACUUCAUAAUCUUCUAUCGCAUGCGGCAAUCUCCGCAGAAGGUGCUUCUGCACUGAGUUUCAGGAGCUUGGCGUAUCUGCUCAACAGUUGCCUGCAUACAGCCGAUAUCGUACCGCUUUGCGCUUUUGCCGAACGUCGCAUUUCGGAAUCGGCGGAGUUGGUGCCCCUGGAGUGGUUGGAGAACAUCUGUUUUGCGUGUUCCAAAAGUCGGUACUCGCGCGACACGCUGUAUGAAGCCAUCUCACGGCACUUAUCAGCACAGGCGGAUUCAGCUAGUCCAGUAGUGUGCUUGAACCUGCUUUGGAGCUUCUCCCGCGUGAAUAAGGCCCAUUUGGUGGCCGCCGUUUUAGAGCGCCGGAUCGCCGAGUUGGGACCCGGCGCAUUCGCGAAUAUAAAUCCAGCAUUUUUGCGACGUGCAGUGACCGCUCUGGAACCGCACGUUUCAGAGUCGACUCUGCGGACUAUUCGUGGAACGUGA